AUGCCAGAGCGGGACAGUCACGCAAAAUGUAUUUGGCUGUCGCCUCAUCGUACCGGUAGAAUUUACACAAAAGAGAGUCCGAUUUGUCCGGGUUGUGCUAGUGAUAUUUCGCCGGACAAUGGCCAUGGUAAAGACAAAGAUAAACAUGCGGCAUCCGGUGUCGGUUUCUUGAUCCACGAAAAAUUCGAACAAAACAUCGAGGAAAUAAAAUAUAUAAAUGAUAGGUUACUACAAGUUGUAAUGAAAUUUAAACCCAAUACAGCAACCCACAUAAUAAGCGUUUAUGCGCCCGAUAUUACAAGACCACAAACCGAAAAAGACGAAUUUUAUCACGAAUUGCAAAAAGCCAUUGAGCAUUCCACAAAACAACGAAAUAUUCAUAGCUGUGGAGAACAGUUAACCCACUUUUGCGCUCAAAAUGAGCUUCGAAUUAAUAAUACGUUCUUUGACCACAAGCCACAGCAUAAAUACACGUUCAUGAACUCCAGGGGCCAUAAAUCUACAAUAGACUUCAUUGUCACAAAUAAAAAUAUACACCCAACCAAAAUAGUAGAUGUGAGGGUCUUAUCUUCAGCAAAUGUAGGAACUGAUCACAACCUUCUCCUGUUGAAAUUUCGUGACAAACUCAAAACAGCAAUAAAUACAACUUCACAAACAAUAACCAAGUACAACAUCGAAUCUUUCACUAACUCCUCAACUCAAUAUUUGUAUGAAAGCAGAUUGAAUGCGAAAAUCGAAGAAAACAUGAUAAACCAAGAUGAUAGCGUUGACAUUGCUUGGCAGAAAAUUAGAACUAAUAUCACUGAAGCAGCCUUAGAGUCAAUUGGCAAGCGCAACAUAAAUUUGCCACACAAAAAAGGGAACGUGAAGCCAUGGUUCUGUGGAGACGUGAAAAACUUAGCAAUGGAGAAACGGAAAUCAUAUUUAAAGUAUAAAUGUAAUCAAUCUACAUAUAAUGAGUAUAAGUUAGUUCGCAACAGGGUGAACAUGGCAAUAUCAAACAUCAAAAAGGAUUAUUGGCAAAGGUUCUCAACAGAUAUGGAACAUGAUUUAUAUGGUGCACAGAAAAAAGUGUGGAAUAUGUUGAGGAAUAGGAAGAAGCCAAUUAACGAAUAUUUGACGAUGGAAAAAAUCUCAGCAUUAGAGUGGGAAAAAUACUUUCGAGACUUGCUUGGCAGUCAACCUACACGAAACAAUAUAAGCAGUGAUAGAAAUGAUUAUGAAUCCAAUCAAAACGAAUCAGUUUAUUCUAUAUCGUCUGCUACGGUUGAAGCGAAUAUAAAAAAAUUGAAAAAUCGGAAGGCAGCAGGUAUUGGUGAGAUAACCAACGAAAUGCUGAAGUAUGGUGGUCAAAAACUCUGGGAUGAAAUAACCCAUCUAUUUGCAAAAAUUGUUUCAGACAUAAAGGUACCAGUCGAGUGGAAAAAAAGUAUUACCAUUCCUAUAUUCAAAAAAGGCAGUAAGAAAGUACCAGAAAACUAUAGAGGAACUUCGUUGCUAAGUGCCAUGUCGAAACUUCUUACAAAAAUUGUUGCAGUUGAAAUAGCAAAUACAGGUAUAAGUGAAGAACAGCAAGGCUUUAGAACCAACAGAUCUACAACAGACGCGAUAUUUAUUUUAAGACAAAUAACAGAAAAAGCUAUAGAAUACAACUCCCCAGCCUUUUUUUGUUUUGUAGAUCUUAAAAAAGCAUUUGAUAGAGUCUGCCUUAAGGAUGUACUGGUACUGCUUAAUAAAAGAAACGUCAAUAAAAACAUCAUAGCACUAAUAAAAGAUCUUAAUACUAAUAACAGCACGUUCAUAAAAACGAACAACGGCACUUCCGCUGAGGUUCCAAUAAAUACGGAUAUUCGACAAGGAGACAGCCUUAGUCCUAUUUUGUUUAAUGUUAUAAUGGACGAAAUAAUAAAAAAGGUGAAAUGUGCUGGCCGCGGAUACAAAAUAGGGGACAAUGAAAUAAAAUGUGUAUGCUUUGCUGACGAUGCCGUUCUGAUAUCAGAUAGCGAGGAUAACCUGCAAAGAUUGGUUUAUGCAUUUGAGAAAGCCGCGGAGGAAUUUAAUAUGGAGGUAUCAGUAGAAAAAACUAAAAACAUGGUAAUAUCCAAAAACCCUCUGCGAUGUAAGCUUGCAGUAUACGAAAAAAGCAUCGAACAAGUGAUGGAAUUUAAAUACUUAGGAGCACUUAUAACAUCAUCACGUGAUCUAACCAAAGAAGUUAAAACACAAGCAACUAAAGCAUCAUCGAUUUCAGGUUAUUUAAAAGAUGUUAUCUGGAAAAAUAAGCACAUGAAUAUUAGAAGCAAAACCCGCAUAUAUAAGACAUGCAUAAGACCUAUAAUCACUUAUGCAAUAGAAAGCAGGGCAGACACAAAAAAGACCGAAAAUAUUAUGAGCGCAGCGGAAAUGGCUACAUUAAGAUCCAUAACAGGUUACACCAGAUACGAUCAUAAACGCAACGAUGAAGUAAGAGAAAUUUGCGAAAUUCAGGAUAUUGUCAAAUGGAGUAGAAGAAGAAGAAAAGAAUGGAAUCAGCAUGUACAAAGGAUGUCGCCAGACAGGGUGGUUAAAAGAGCAUUCAUGGGGAAACCCAGUUCGUGUAGACUUCCAGGAAGACCACCGAAGAGAUGGCAGGAAUGCUGGACUUUCGGCUCAAUGUCAGAUCAUCAUUAA